AGCAUAUGCAUCAGCACAGCUUAAAUUUGAUCUCAGCGUAGUAUAAAACUCACUCCACCACCCAUUUCUGGACACUGUUUUAAAGCUUAAGCCAUCUCGAACGUUACAAUUCAGUCAAUAAAAAUAUAACCGCUAAAAAACCAUUAUUUUGAGGAAGCUUACAUUAUUACAAAUUUGCUAUCAUGAUAAUCAAAUUUAGUCUUAGAAACGCGUUUCUACUUUGUUUAGUCGGAUUUGGGGUAACCUUACCGAUGGAAUACGAUGAAUUUUCGGUUGCAUGGUAUGCUAUGAAAAUCGGGCAAGUUUACCGAGAAGGGGACGAGUGUAUUCCUGGGGAAAGAUGUGACGACCUUUGUGCUGGAGAGUCCGACGCGUGUAACCCGUUCUUCGAGGAAGUUUUGUGCUAUCUUCGCGUUGGGAGGUGUGACAUGCCACGGCCGGAAGUAAAAGAUGUAGUCGUGGUCAUUGGAAAAAGUGGUGCUGGGAAAAGCACGUUUGUUCAAUUCUUUGCCAAUAGCACCAAUACAUUAAAGAGCUAUUGUCUUUUUGGACAAUGUUGGGUGGACGAUGACUCAUCAAACAUUGGCGGCGGUAUCAUUUCCAAAACGUUCCUUCCAAAUAUGGUAGUCCAUGAUGAUGCAACGCCUUUCUUCGAUAUGCCAGGGUUUGACGAUUCAAGAAACGAGAGCAUCGAAAUUGCAAAUUCAUUCUUCGUCCAAGAAGCAAUCAAACCCAGCGAGAAGGUUAAAAUUAUAAUACUAACGCUCGAUCGUUACUUCGAGUCUAGUAACCGUGUUGACUUUCUAGAUUUGUUGAAAUACACUUCGGUAUUUGUUAAAGAACCUCUUAAGUUUACUGGAUCCAUUAGCCUAAUCGUAAAUCGAGUUCCCUACGCCGACACAUAUGAGGACGUAUUAGGACGUGCCGUCUUCUAUAUACAAAAUGUUAUGACAGAUUUUGACGAUGUGGCGUUUGACGAUGAAUUAAGACCGAAUGCCCUUAACAUUAUGAACGAACUCGUCAAAACAGAGACAGUUGGAGGUUACGAUCCAAUAAAUAUCGGCAUAUUUAGAAGUCCUACUUCAUCAAUGGGAAAUGCGACUUUGCUUAAGGAAGAUCCAGUUUUCCAAGAGAAUAUGGCACAUCUAAAUAACUUGAUCUCUGGCGUAUCAGUCUUCAAACCGACAAUCGAUGGUGAUUUCGGUCUUCCGGUAUCAAGUGAGGCAAAACUUCUGCUUGAUCAUAUUGCUACACAAGUUUCGGCAGAUAUUGUAAAUGAAAUUGUUUUGUUUGCAAAUGCUGUACUGACUCAUGUGAUUGAAACUUUUACGGCCGUGUCGCAAAACAGGCCGGUUGACCUCCCAGAACUUGAGAUCAUGGUUAGAGGCAUAUUAACUGCAGAUUACUCCUUUGCUGACACUCCCGACGAGUCGGCAUCAUUUUACAUAAAUGAAACAAUUGAAGCAAUAAAUUCAUUCGGAAAUGGUUUUGUUACUGAUACACAAAAAAAUCUAUUAGAUUUCUCGUCAUUUUUACAAUUUGUUGAAGAUUUAAAGGGGCCUAUUAAUAUUCAACCAAAGCUAUGGGUCCUGCCGCUACAGGGUUUAGUUGCAAAUAUCACUACUGCACUAAAUGAUACGGUCUCCAGUGAGCUUAUUGAUAUCGUUUUUCUGUCGGCCAGGGGCCAAGCAGAGUCAACCGCAACUAAAAUUAUGGAUGAUCUUAAGUCACUCGAUACCAUAGAAGCUAAGGUUGAUAGGUCAGUAAUAAUUGACCGUGACAUUACAGCAUGUACAGACGGAUUAGAGCCUCUACUCCGCACUAGCACAUUUACCGCGACUUUUGACUAUUUGUCCCGAAAGUAUUCAGCUUUAUUUACAACUGGUUGUAGCGAUUGUGUUUCAAUUGAUGGGGUAAAAGCUGUUGAGAUAUUGUUGCUCCUUAAUGAUUUCCAGUGGCGUUCGUUGGACUGGAUGGGAAAUCACAGAUCAAUGCUAGUUGUGCCUGUUGUUCGUGGGACAACUAUCAAUUAUUUUUUAAGCAACCUGUACAAAGAUUUAGUCAAAGAGAAAGUUCAGAGUGAAAGGGCAGAAAGCUUGCAUUAUUGGUGGAGUAUUGGAAAAGAUUUAAACAAUUAUCAAAUCUUUAUGGAAUUUUUUGUUAAGGCAACAAGUCUUGAUUUUCUUUCGACAAAUCCUUAUCAACAAAAUUCAACAAUACUUCACACAAUGUUGAUUAAUGACCAAGGUGCACUUGCUCGAAUGCAUUCUCUGCUAAGGUUUACACUUGGAAAUCAUGCAGUAAGUAGUUCGGCCGAUUUUGAUGUUAUAAUUUCCGGAAAUUUCUUAUCGCUUUCAAAUAUUUAUGAUCUUACACGAGAUGAAUCUUCUGUAGCUAUAAUUGCAAUGGACAAAUUUUAUCUGGACCGUGUCCUCGAUCGCAAAGGUUCUGAUGUGGCCAUAAUAGCUCCACAAAUAUGGGUAAAACAGGAGGCGAGUAUUAUUUUAAACGGGCAGGAUGGUGAUUCUAUUCUCGACAAUCACGGCCGAGGUGGUGUCCCAAGUAGGCAGGGAUUUGCUGGAAAGAACGCUGGUACACUCUAUAUGGUACAUCAGAAUAUAACCGGUGAAAUACGACUGCAAGCACAAGGAGGAAAAGGUGGCAAGGGCGGGCCAGGGGCAAACGGGGUGGCUUCGCCUGACAGUACAGCGAAGAGCUUUUCUGUUGAUAGUGACGACUGUGCGGCGUGGAGUGGUGGGCGAAUUCGUAUUCGUGUAUAUCCUAAUACCUGUAACAGUGGGGAAUGCUGUGAUUGCCAUGCUGGCGAUGAUGGAGUUCAAGUAGUAAUUGAUGGCCACCCCGGUGUCCAAGGGGGUCGAGGUCAAGAUGGAGGAAAAGGUGGCGUUAGUGGACUAGCUGGUGCGGGGUUAAUUAUUAAGGUUGAUAAUAUAGGAACAGAUACAAUCCUUGGAAAUAUUGGCAAUGGUGGGGAUGGAGGAGCUGGGGGAAGUGGGGGCAGAGGUGGCAAAUUUGGCAAUAACCUUAGAGUUACGGUGGAUGAUGUUACUGGUGGGGCGGGUAAGAAAUGUGCGGAAUAUAGUAGAUCCUAUGAGAUAGUUGAAAGAUGGGGACCUAACGGGCUGAAUGGGAACACUGGCCUAACUGGCGAUAGGUCUGGGAGAAAGGAAAUUAAUCUUGAUAAGUACCGAGGAUGCAUUGGUUCAUUCUUAAGUUCUAUUGAACCCCUCAAACAGAAUGAGUUUACAAAGGAAAAGACCGUUGAAUUCUUGACACAUUUCAACAAUCAUGCUAGCAUUCCAAAAUCUGCAUAAGAACUGUGGGCUUACUUUCUACACAAAAAUUUCACAAUUAUUUCAAUUUAGUUAUUAAUUUAGUGAAUAUACUGAUAUAUGAACUAUAUAUUUAAAUUCUAUUCUAUAUUUAUUAAUAUUUACUUGAAAUUUAAGUGUCAAAAAUAUUCAGUUAUAAUGUACAAAAAAAUCACGAUUUAUUAAUGUUUAUUUAUGUUAAUAAUUUAUUUUUUGUCAUUAUAUGUAUGAGAAAAUAAAGGAGCAUUGUUCAAUUGUCAUUAAAAACUAAA